UUCUAGAGCUAUGCAGCUGGAGCACUGCCUUUCUCCUUCUAUCAUGCUCUCCAAGAAAUUUCUCAAUGUGAGCAGCAGCUACCCACAUUCAGGCGGAUCUGAGCUUGUCUUGCACGAUCAUCCCAUUAUCUCGACCACUGACAACCUGGAGAGAAGUUCACCUUUGAAAAAAAUUACCAGGGGGAUGACGAAUCAGUCAGAUACAGACAAUUUUCCUGACUCCAAGGACUCACCAGGGGACGUCCAGAGAAGUAAACUCUCUCCUGUCUUGGACGGGGUCUCUGAGCUUCGUCACAGUUUCGAUGGCUCUGCUGCAGAUCGCUACCUCCUCUCUCAGUCCAGCCAGCCACAGUCUGCGGCCACUGCUCCCAGUGCCAUGUUCCCGUACCCCGGCCAGCACGGACCGGCGCACCCCGCCUUCUCCAUCGGCAGCCCCAGCCGCUACAUGGCCCACCACCCGGUCAUCACCAACGGAGCCUACAACAGCCUCCUGUCCAACUCCUCACCGCAGGGCUACCCUGCGGCCGGCUACCCCUACCCACAGCAGUACAGCCACUCCUACCAGGGAGCCCCUUUCUACCAGUUCUCUUCCACACAGCCCGGACUGGUACCCGGCAAAGCGCAGGUGUACCUGUGCAACAGGCCCCUCUGGCUGAAAUUUCACCGCCACCAAACGGAGAUGAUCAUCACCAAACAGGGAAGGCGCAUGUUUCCUUUUUUAAGUUUUAACAUUUCUGGUCUCGAUCCCACGGCUCAUUACAAUAUUUUUGUGGAUGUGAUUUUGGCGGAUCCCAAUCACUGGAGGUUUCAAGGAGGCAAAUGGGUUCCUUGCGGCAAAGCGGACACCAAUGUGCAAGGAAAUCGGGUCUAUAUGCAUCCGGAUUCCCCCAACACGGGGGCUCAUUGGAUGCGCCAGGAAAUCUCUUUUGGAAAAUUAAAACUUACAAACAACAAAGGAGCUUCAAACAACAAUGGGCAGAUGGUGGUGUUACAGUCCUUGCAUAAGUACCAGCCCCGCCUGCAUGUGGUGGAAGUGAACGAGGACGGCACGGAGGACACCAGCCAGCCCGGCCGCGUGCAGACGUUCACUUUCCCCGAGACUCAGUUCAUCGCCGUCACCGCCUACCAGAACACCGAUAUUACACAAUUGAAAAUAGAUCACAACCCCUUUGCAAAAGGAUUUCGGGAUAACUAUGACACGAUCUACACGGGCUGCGACAUGGACCGCCUGACCCCCUCGCCCAACGACUCCCCGCGCUCGCAGAUCGUGCCCGGGGCCCGCUACGCUAUGGCCGGUUCUUUCCUUCAGGACCAGUUCGUGAGCAACUACGCCAAGGCCCGCUUCCACCCCGGCGCGGGCGCGGGCCCCGGGCCCGGCACGGACCGCAGUGUGCCGCACACCAACGGGCUGCUGUCGCCGCAGCAGGCCGAGGACCCGGGCGCGCCGUCGCCGCAGCGCUGGUUUGUGACACCGGCCAACAACCGGCUGGACUUCGCCGCCUCGGCCUACGACACGGCCACGGACUUCGCGGGCAACGCGGCCACGCUGCUCUCGUACGCGGCUGCGGGCGUGAAGGCGCUGCCGCUGCAGGCGGCGGGCUGCACCGGCCGUCCGCUCGGCUACUACGCCGACCCGUCGGGCUGGGGCGCGCGCAGCCCCCCGCAGUACUGCGGCGCCAAGUCGGGCUCGGUGCUGCCCUGCUGGCCCAACAGCGCCGCGGCCGCCGCGCGCAUGGCGGGCGCCAACCCCUACUUGGGCGAGGAGGCCGAGGGCCUGGCCGCCGAGCGCUCGCCGCUGCCGCCCGGCGCCGCCGAGGACGCCAAGCCCAAGGACCUGUCCGACUCCAGCUGGAUCGAGACCCCAUCGUCCAUCAAGUCCAUCGACUCGAGCGACUCGGGGAUUUACGAGCAGGCCAAGCGGAGGCGGAUCUCGCCCGCCGACACGCCGGUGUCCGAGAGCUCGUCGCCGCUCAAGAGCGAGGUGCUGGCCCAGCGGGACUGCGAGAAGAACUGCGCCAAGGACAUAGGCGGCUACUACGGCUUCUACUCGCACAGCUAG